AUGUCGGUCCCUGAGGUGCUCCAUGAUGGACGGGAUGUGCUCCCGGGUGUUCGGGAUUGUUUGGAGCAGCUUCAACAGCGAAGCAUUCCAAUGGCUAUUGUGUCGAACUCGCCGUGCGAGUCUCCCAAAGCUGCCUUACGGCUGGAGCGGCUCGGCCUAUUGCAAAAGGACCUCUUUCGGGAUGUGGUGACCAGCGGUGACCAGGCGAAGCGCUACUUGGAGAAGCUGAUCAGUGAAGCCGCCCCAGUGAGAUUGCGUUGCCUCUUCAUCUCCCACAUCGAUCACACAGAGCGCGGCACAUGGUCACCUGAAGAGUUGCGCUCUAUGGGCCUGGAACUUGUCGCUAGCGUCGACGAGUGCGACUUCGUGUUGGCCAAUGGCGUUCAGGUGUGCUACAAGGGCACAUUGUCUGAGAUAACAUCAAACUACGAGUCUGAUGCAAGUGACUGCGCCGUGUUUAAAACGGUGUUGCAAGCGGCGGCCAAAGCUCAGCGACCGUUAAUCAUUGCAAACCCUGAUUGCAUUGUGCACCGCAAAAACGGUGUCACCGUGAACUGCCCUGGGCAGUUCGCCAAACAGUAUUCCGCUUCAGGCGGUGAGCAUUUGUACGUUUUUGGUAAGCCCGGUCCAGAGAUCUUCAGAGAAGCCUCGAGGACCCUGGAGCUCUCUGGAGCCCGGCGAAUUUGUCACGUUGGAGACUCACUUUGUCAUGAUGUGAGUGGUGCAGCCGGUGCUGGCUUCGCUUCUGUCCUAGUCCGCAGCGGAAUUCAUGCUCCUGAGUUGCAGGGCAUGUCAGUUAGUGAGUUGUGCCGUCGAAAGGGCACACCUUAUCCAACCUUUGCGAUGUCCUCAUUUCGCUGGUGA